AGCUACUGUAGUGACCAGAUCCACAGGACAUCUUAAAGCUAUUACAGAUUGCAAACCUGACGAACACCAAAGCCUUUUUACCAUAUCAUCUCAUAUCAUAUCAUAUGAACACUAUUGUACACAUUCCUGUUCAUUAUAUCUCAGUAAAGAUUGCAUCAGUUCAGGAAACCAGCGCAUUUUUCAUUGGGAUUCGGUUUAUACUUGAUGUUAAGCUGUGUACCUAAAGCAACACGCAGCCGAGACAUUACAGUAAAAAGGCUUUAAAACGUUGUCAGAAGCAGUUAAACAGCUUUGAAACGUCCUCCGCAGUAAAAGGACUAAUAACUCCUUUCAGCCACGUGGAGUGAAACGAAAGUGAAACUAAUUUCUCUCACUCACUACAACACUGAUACUUCCUGUGUCCAGUCAUCAUCAUUAUCCACGCUGCCAGCUAAAUCAAGAUGCAGAACACAGGGAACAGCACUCUGACAGUUAACCCUCAAUGCUCCUAUAAGGAAGAUGACACACACAGCUUGCCAAGAAUCAAGUUUAGAUGCACAAGACUGUCUAGAGCAUCCAGUCAUACAAAUCUGACUUCAGCUAGCGCCGAUUCAGCAAGAUCUAAGCAUACUAGUUCUAGACGUUCAAGCAUCACCAGUCUGUCAUCGGCUAGCGACAAAGCGACUAAGGCAAGAGCAAAAGCAGAGGCAGCUUGCGCCAUGGCUUCUUAUGCGGAGCAGGAAGCUGAAUUGAUGAGAGAGCAAGCAAAAAGUGAAUCUGAAGCACUUAAAAAGAAAGCAGAAGUGGAAGCAUCUUUACACUUGCUCAAACAGCAGAAAAACGCGGCAGCAUCCUUAGCCGAGGCAGAAGUUUUCACAAGGGCUGCUGAAGCUCAGUUCAAUGGCAUAGAAAACCAGAUGUCAUCCCACAGCGCAAUCCAAGGCACCCAUGAGUACGUACAGUCACAAGCAACCAUGUACACCGACCAGCAGUCCAAUGACGCACCUAGGUCUUCAUUGACUCCACCAGCAAAAAGCAACUUUGAUACUACGCAACAUUGCAAGACUAAAUCAGAAUCUCAGUGUGGGAAGACAAGUGGUCGCAUGCUUAGAGACCAAUCUGCCAACCCUCCAAGAGUGCAAACGGAUGCUCAUGUACUCCCUCCUCAAGCAAAUACAAGUCUGGAUUAUAGCAGAAAGACUUACAACAGAUGAGAACAACCACCUAAACAAAGUGGAUUCAGACAAGCGCCUUACCAGCCGAAACCAUGCCCUGAGUUUACACCUGAGAAGUAUUCGCCAGACGCAACAAGUGCUAUAGAAGUAGCAAAAUUCCUGAUGCACCGUGAGAUAGUGGGCACUGGUCUCAUGAAAUUCGAUGACCGUCCAGAAAACUACUGGGCCUGAAAGUCAUCUUUCCUGAGCGGUACCCAAGACUUAAAUCUGACAGAGUGUUACGACCAGAGGAUGUGGAUCCUCUGUGUCAGCUGAUAGAGGACUGGAAUUAGUCCAAUAUUGCUGACUGCUGACUCU